AUAAAGGACGAGGAACAUAUCUACAGACUACAAUCUACAUGUUAAACCAAAGCAACAAUCUGCACUUGAGUUUUCCAUCUUCCACUACUUUUAAGUGAAACUUGUUUCUGGCAGUACUCUCAUGGUAGUCGACGAACAAAUACCUGACGAUCAACUUUCCGGCGAAUUAGCCGGCGAUCAUGAACUCGCGCGAGGUAAACGCCUCAAAAUCGCUCCUGAUCGACUCACUGAGUUGCCCGAUUUAGCACUGGCUCACAUUCUCUCUCACCUCUACGUCGAAGAAGCAGCGAAAACCAUCGUUUUGUCCAAACGAUUCAACUCAGUAUGGAACUCAGUCUCCACACUCAACUUCUCCGACGAAAACUACCGCAAAUAUGGCAACUCCUUCAUCAAAUUUGUCGACUCUGCGUUAGGGUUUCACAUUGGCAAAAAAAUCGAGAAAUUCUCCGUCAAAUUUAGGUAUGAUCAAAAUUAUACGAAUUCCGUUGAUGAAUGGAUUAAAUUCGCUGUUCAAAAGCAGGUCAAAUCUUUGCGUUUGGAUUUUACUCAGAAAUCUAGUAGUAAUUAUCAUCAGAUUGCAGGUGUUGAGUAUAAUUUGCCUGAAUUUCUGUAUGAUGAUGCGAAUUUGGUGGAAUUGGUUACUUGUUCAUGUAGAUUUUCUCCUGAAGGAUUAUAUAAUUGGAAUUGUUUGAAGUUACUGAGUAUAACGAAAAUUAAAUUGGAUGAGGAGAUGAUUUCUAGGGUUUUGUGUGGGUGUCCUGUGUUGCAGACGUUGGAGCUGAUAGAAUGGAGUGGGUUUGAUAAGCUGAAGAUUGAGUCAGUUAGUUUGAGGGUGUUGAGGAUUGUUGGGGAGCAACCUCCCAAAUAUCAUAUACAACUACAUGAUCUGUGCUUGUUGGAGAUUUCGGGUCCGAAUCUGACGUCUUUGCAAGUUUUGGGUCCUUUGUACAGAACGAAAGUUCGGGUGAGCGAUGUAGGGAGUUUGAUGAAUGCUACCAUGGAUUUCGAUAUUAGACCUCAGCAUCAUUACGCGUCUACUUGGUGUGUUGUGAGGAAUCAAGAUAUUGUAAGGGAUGUUCUUGAGAGUCUUUGUUUUGUAAAGACAGUUACUCUUGGUGGAUGGUUCAUUAAGGCUGUAUCCAUGUGUGAGGCUUACAACCUGUCAUCUCCUUGGUCGGAACGGCGGAGUUUAAUUCUGUGCAUACCUGUAAUCCUAUGGGAUAAUGCUGGGAUAGCAAGCUUACUACACAGUUCACCUUAUCUGGAGAAUUUAGAAAUAAGACUCUCCUAUUGUUCUGACAUGUGCGCUUUGGAGCACGCGUCUCGCAGUAAAUCUGAAGUGGACUACUAUUGGAAUUUGUGGAAUACGAUUUCCAAAUGUCCCCUUCUGCAUCUCAAGGCAGUCAAGGUUGUUGGUUUCCGUGAAUCUUGCAGAUCAAUGAAGCCCCUGUUUAAAUUUCUGGAGUUUUUGCUCCGGAACUCAAGGGUUCUUGAAGAGAUUGCUAUACAAACGUCAAGAUAUGUGACGCGGGGGACAUUAGAUGAGGCUCUGAAGCUGCUUGCUGCUCCUACAGCCUCUCCUGAUGCUGUAGUGCUGUUUGAACCUCCUCAUCUGUGGGUUGAUCCCCUUUGUAUGUACCAAAAUUCCGAUCCUAUGAAUCAUCUCCUUUAGUUGGGUGAUUAGAGACUCAAAGAGUAUCGUAAACAGUAUUCUAUCUCAUUUCUGAGGACUAGGCAACGACCUCACCGACUAGAGUCGAAACUCCUUGUAAAAUGUAUAGUAAAUAUAUCAAUGUUUUCUGCUCGCUGUUAUGCUGCAGGAAACAACUUGUCCAAAAAUUCCGACUUCGAUAACUGUAAGUGAUAUCAACUUAUGCUGCA